AUGCGGGAGCUCGACAUGGAGGACAAAGACAACUACAGGCGGUAUAUCAGAAUGGACGUGUCCACAUUUGAGCAUUUGCUGAACCUGGUUCAGCCACACAUUCAAAGGCAGGAUACAAACUUCAGGGAAGCCAUUUCGCCAGGAGAACGGUUAUCCGUCACCUUGAGGCACCUCACAACUGGUGAAUCGUUCCAGUCCCUUGGAUUCCAGUUCCGUAUGGCACACAAUACCGUUGCAGGAAUAGUGCUCGAGGUGUGCAGGGCACUGUAUGCCGUCCUGAAGUUACAGUACCUGAAGGUGCCCACAACCGAGGAUGAGUGGAAGAAGGUUGCAAUGACAUUCGAAGAUUCUUGGAACUUUCCGAACUGCAUUGGAGCCCUGGAUGGAAAACAUGUUCAGAUCCUGCCUCCACCAAAGUCUGGGGCUAUGUACAGAAACUACAAAGGCAGCUUCAGUAUUGUGUUGAUGACACUUGUUGGAGCUGAGUUGGAGUUUCUGUACACCGACGUUGGGAGGAACGGGAGACUUUCGGACAGUGCAGUUUGGAAUGACUCCACCCUCAAGAAUGCCAUUGAAAGCAACAGCAUUCACAUUCCCUUGGCAAGGGUGCCUCGGGGAGGUGACACUAACCUGCCAUAUGCUAUUGUAGCUGAUGAAGGGUUUGGACUGAAGACUUACAUGCAGCGCCCCUUUUCUGCCAGAGAGCUCAACGUCGAAAGACGAAUUUAUAACUACAGGUUAGGAGGGAGCAUGCAACACUUUCCUUGCAUUUAG